AUGCCUAGCCUCGUGGACCUCCCUAACGAGCUUCUGGAACGAGUUCUGGACUGCGUCGAGCCGAACGACCUCGAUAAUUUCACGCGGUCGUGCAAAAUCUUGCACACAUUAGCAGACGAUAGUCGCGUGGAAGGCAGUAGUCGUCUGCUCGACCACAUGUACCGCAAGGUACACUUGAAGAGAAUCGAGAAUGGUUGGGGAGAUUUCACGAUCUUUGAAUUCCCAGAAUUGCUAGGAGGUUUCUUGAUCGCGCCUAGAAUGGCAGAUUAUGUCAAGGAAAUGGCCGUCAACCCCUGGAAAGUAUGUUGGGAUGGCCCCAUUGUCCCAGAUCCCUUCAAUGCAUGGGAAGAAGAAGAAGAUGAUGACUUGCAUCGUCCAUAUCCUGAUCUCUUUGUCCCAUAUCCCAUCCGACCAUGGGGAGGAGAAGAAGAAGAAGAAGAAGAAGAAGACUUGUAUCGUCCAUAUCCUGGUCUCAUGAGGGUAUUUCAGGCGGCUGUCAAGGAUUCCGAGUCUAUACCAGCCGAAGAGAAAGAACACUGGAUAUCCAAGAUCAAAGCCGGCGAUCAGAACCCAGUCAUCGCUCUACUGUUCCCGAGACUUCACUACCUGACCAGUCUCGUAAUAAUACUGGAUGAUCGAGAAGAUCUCUUCAUGCUCAAGGCACUGCGAAGUAUUGCCAAGAACCCGCAUUCGCCAUCCCUGUCUCGACUGCGUGAAGUUGAGAUCCACGGCACGAAUGCGCCCACUCACAGACUGGAACUGGCAACCGCUUGUGCCGCACUGCCUUCGGUCAUCUCUCUGGAAGCUCACCGGCUUGUCGAAGGACCCCUCGACUCCCCAGACUCUACAUAUGAACCGGCACCGCAAUCUUCGAACGUUCGGGAUCUGAAGAUCAUUGGCUGCCGUUUCUCGCCUAAUACGCUAUUCAAGUUGAUCAGGAGCGCUAAGUCACUGCGAUCUCUCACGUACACCUACUGGACCCCCUACGACGGUACCCAUCUUUCCUUCGCUUGGGUACGCGCAGCCCUUCUUCAAUUUGCAUCGACAUCGCUCGAGGAGCUUACACUACGCCGUUCUCAUUCCUCUCCUGAAGGGGAAAGAAUGGAGUGCAGUUUCAAGAGCUACCGCAAUCUGCGGGUGUUGAACAUCGACUACGGGCUCUUGAUGGGCGACAAGUUCCGCAUGACGAACAAGAUCGUGACCGGACUACCGGCAUCGCUUGAGAUUCUCAACCUCUACGGGUGUGAUGCCAAUGGCUAUCGCCCCAGGUCUAUGUGGAUUCCAGAGCUCGUCAAUUGGAUUAUUAGGGUGAAAGAGAGGAAGGUACCAUGCCUGAAGGAACUGAAUUUCCAGGACACGUGGCACCUGUCCUGCUUCGAUCCGGCCCAGAUCAAAGAAUUGUGUUUGGCAGCGGAGAGGGCUGGGUUUGAGAUGACUGUCACCUCUGGUGACUCCAUGAUAUUCGGGACUCUGAGAAGCCGCGGAAGGGGGGCGAGGUGGUAG